AUGCCGGAACAGAUCCAGGGCUCGCCCCAGUCACAAACGGUAUACAUUAGCAACCUCAACGAGAAGGUCAAAAUCCCGGCGCUCAAAUUAGCGCUGACAGCUAUAUUCUCACAAUUCGGAGAGAUCAUAGAGGUAUCCGCCAGAAAUACUCUGAAAUGCAGAGGGCAGGCGUGGGUAGCGUUUAAAACGGUAGACAGCGCCGUGCAGGCCGUUGAGGCGCUGCAGGGAUUUGUAUUCCACGGCAAAGAUAUGGAGCUGAAUGUUAUGUUGCAUAGAUAA